GUUUAGUGAACGCGCUCGCUGCCAGUGGCUGAUGACAAGCGAAAAUCACAAUCUUGUUUUUAAAUAAUUACUGCCAAAAUACUUUCCAAGAGUGAAAUCGUUUAAAAAUGGGCUGUCCAAUGGGUUUCGGUGAUUUAAAUAUUCCAUCAUCUCGCGCUUUCUGGGAUGAUUGUGAUGAGGAUGAACCUGUGCAGAAGGACAAGGAGAUCAAAAAACUUGAACUACUGUAUGAACCCAACGAGACAUAUGCACCUUUGCCCAGCAAGAUAUUUCUUCUGAUUGAGGGCACCGACGUGUCAGAGUUCGUGGAAGCAUCACUGUUACAGAACGCACGGAAAAUUUGUAAAAUACCAUCGUCAAAAUCGUCCUUGCAUUAUGUUAAGGAUAAAGAGGUGUUAAUUGCACUAUUAAAAGAAGAUCUGACAAAUAGCGGUGAAGUGACAGAGUUGCUUCUGCCGUAUGCAAAGUUAGCGGAAACCGUUAUCACAUUAACAGUAAAGUCAAAGAUUGAAUAUCAGAGCGAAAACUUGCGAAAAAUUCGUGAUGAUAUUACAUUCCUGCGGGGCAUAAAUUCUAAACUGCCGCAUGUAGAAGAACUGGAUGCACCAAAUUUUGUCGUUGGGGUGGCAGCAGGAAUUGCUUGUUGGCGUCACAAUGAGAAUUUGCCAGCAUCCGCCUAUGUAGCAUACACUGACAAUGUCUCGCUGGAUACAUUGGCAGCGCAACCCAUCCUAAAAUUGCUGCAAGCGCUUGGUAUUAAUUGUAGCGACACAUACAAACCAGUUUAUAAAGAAGGGUCACACCUGUAUAUGUGAGAUUUUUAA